AUGCCCAAAACCGUUCGUCGGGCGGCAAAAGACAAUUCUCCAGUUUCUGUGGAAGAGCUGGGUGAGCGAUCUUCGAAACGUCAACGGAGCGCACAAGCGUGUUUGAAUUGUCACGAUAGCAAGGUGAGGUGUUCGGGUGGCAAUCCAUGUCGCAACUGUGCUCGAAAACCAGAAGGCACAGAGUGUGUUUACCCAUACAGAGAUCGUAAGGUCCAGGUGCAGGAGAGCUAUCUAAAUUGGUUAAAGCACGAGGUCUCUCUUAUAAAAGGCAAAGAAAUCUCGGAAGAAGAUAUAGUGAAACAACCAUCACAAACACAAUACACGCCCGAAACCUUUGAGGAAAAUGACGACUCUCCAGAAAGAUUCGGCAAUGUUGACGUUGAUCUCAAAAACCCUCUUAUAGAAGACAAGGCCUGGUUCGUAACAGAUAGCGCGUCGUGGCAGCCCAUUUACAUUGGUGAAGCGGCAUGCACAGCCUUUGGUACGCGACUACGACAAUUCAUGAAUGGCAAUGAACCCGUCGCGCCGUUAUCACGAUCCAAGUACUCCAAACACAAAGCUUUUCUGCGCAUGGCAGCCCCAGCCCCCAGAUUUGAGUGGCCUAAUCGUGCCUAUGCGAAUUUGCUGCUUAAAGUGGCGUUGCGUUUCUUGGGUAAUGAUUAUCACUUGAUGCUACGCAAGUCGACUUUAGAGAGAAUGGACACAAUUUAUCGUACUCAGUCGCUUGAGGAUCCGGUUUUUGUGUGCAAAUUGUUUGCGCUCUUCUCCAUGGGGGAGAUGUAUUCCAAUCGACGAUUGGGAUCGACCAAGGGACCCGAUGUACCCGGUACAGGGUACUUUGUGCAGGCAAUGAGUCUUACCCAGGAUAUGCACGAGGAGGCUUCGGUGGUAUAUGUAGAAGCACUGUUGAUUAUUGCUUUGUAUUCAUUGGCACUCAACCGAACAAAAUCCGCAUAUUCCUACGCCGGAAUGGCACUUCGGCUGUGUCUUACUCUAGGCCUACACCACAACGUCCCCGAAGGCUACGCAAUCUCUGCCGUGGAGAGAGAACACCGCAUACGGGUCUGGUGGAGUGUAUACAUUAUCGAUCGUAUGACCAGCUCAAAGCUGGGUCACCCAGUCACUGUCCAGGACAGUGAUAUUGACGUCGACUUACCGUCAAUGGAAAAUCUCACGCCCAGUGAACAAGAAGAAUUCUCCGACCCCUCACAUCUUAUUGCACAUGUCAAGCUGGCAAGGAUCUCGGGUGAUAUCAUUUCUGAUAUAUAUGGUCGAUCCAGUCAAACCAAGGCAUUUGUGCAGAGUGUGCAGAAGAUUCUCCGUAGUCUAAGGACGUGGGCGGAAACAUUGCCGGAAAGUGUGCAGAUAUCACAAACAAAGCCCUUAAAAUAUUCGUCGAGAAAUGUCGCCUCGUUGCAUUUGUGCUUCAACCAGUGCGUCAUACUCACCACCCGCCCAAUUCUGUUUCAUGUCUUCAAAUCCUGCUUCCAAGACCAAGGCUCGACAGCACCGUCACCAACUACCAUGGCCCUAGCAGACGCGUGCAUCCACGCGGCACGCAGCUCCAACGGCCUCCUAACCCAACUCUGGAUCGACGCCGGAAUGGCAAUCUACGGAUACUUCGAUGCGCACUACCUGUUUUCUUCGACCAUCAUUCUAAUGAUGUCCAGCAUCCUGGGUACAAACAACAGCGACGCGGACCGCGAAGCCGUCGACACUGCAUCCGAUAUUAUGGAGUCGAUCGUGAAAGAUGGCAAUCUGCCCGCAGCCGGGUUUUAUGAGCAUUUCCUCGAGAUCCGAAAAGUGAUUCUGGAAUUCGCGGAUCGCAGUACCAGUGGCAAUGGAAAUGGUUCCGCGCAGGCGAUGGAGCAUAUAGCUGAAUUAAUUAUGCCGGGGGGUGCAGACAUCGGCCGGAAUGAUGACGGUGACGGACAGCAGAACCCUCUCGAUGACAAUAACAGUGCAUUCUUGACGCAGAGUCGAUUGAAUAAUCCCUCCAUCGAAGACUUUUUGACUCAGGCUGGUAUUCCGAUUGGGAUGGAGAUGGCAGGUAAUAAUAACAUAUCAACGCCAGGGCCGUGGUCCAACGGAUUGAUUUCCACUGGCUGGCUGUUUGAAUAG